AUGGACUCCCCGCAGCGCCCCGCGCCGCCUCCUCCGGCCCCGCGCCGCCCGCCGCCCGGGCCCCCUCCGGGCCCCGACACAGGCGAGGUCCUGCAGCAGAUCAUGGCCAUCACCGACCAGAGCCUGGAAGAGGCGCAGGCCAGAAAGCAUGCUCUGAAUUGCCAUCGGAUGAAGCCAGCUCUCUUCAGUGUGCUCUGUGAGAUCAAGGAAAAGACAGUGUUAAGCAUCCAUGGCAUUCAAGAAGAAGGUCCCCCCAAUGCUCAGCUCAUGAGGCUGGAUAACAUGCUGCUGGCCGAGGGGGUAUCCAGGCCGGAGAGGCGAGGAAGGGGAGGAUUGGCGGCAGCGGCCAACACAGCAACACCAGGUGGCUGUCCAAAUGACAAUAGCCUUGAGCACUCUGACUACAGGGCCAAGCUGUCCCAGAUCCGACAGAUUUACCACUCUGAGCUAGAGAAAUAUGAACAGGCCUGCCGUGAGUUCACCACGCACGUCACCAACCUCCUCCGGGAGCAGAGCAGGAUGAGGCCCGUCUCGCCCAAGGAGAUCGAGCGCAUGGUCAGUGUCAUCCACAGCAAGUUCAGUGCCAUCCAGAUGCAGUUGAAGCAGAGCACCUGCGAGGCUGUGAUGACCCUGCGUUCACGGUUCCUCGAUGCCAGGCGCAAGCGGCGGAACUUCAGCAAGCAGGCCACCGAAGUGCUGAAUGAGUAUUUUUACUCCCAUCUGAGCAACCCUUACCCCAGCGAAGAAGCCAAAGAAGAGCUGGCCAGGAAGGGCGGCAUCACAGUCUCGCAGGUCUCCAACUGGUUCGGCAACAAAAGAAUCCGAUAUAAAAAGAACAUGGGGAAGUUUCAAGAAGAGGCUACCAUUUAUACGACUAAAAUGGCAGUCGACACCACCAAAGUCGGGGGCCUGGGGAGCCAGGCUAGCUGCCCAUCAACACCCAGCCCCGGUCCCUCUGGUCCCUUCCCGCUGACCAGUGCCGGGGAUGCGCUUAUCACCCUGCAGACACUGGCCUCUCUCCGCCCCGCCCCUGCGGGAGGCAGCUUGCGGUCCCAGGCCCGGGGCGGCUGCCAGGGAGCCGCCCCCGCAGUGUCCACCGCUUCGCCUGCUGGAGACCCCGGCAGCGUCAACUCAGACGCAUCUAAUUAA